CGGUUGAUGAGCUCUAGACGCGUUGGGAUUCCCGCCAGUUCUAAAAAUGCUCCUGCAUAAUUAAGCUUCGUAUAUGUAUAGGUUGCGUGUAAAAUUAAAGUAGAACGAAAGUAGCGAUCGUAUGUAAAAUCCAUGUGGCUCGACCUUACGCGUCCGUUAAAAAGUAUGCGGUAGACAUUAGAUCUGCAAAGAUUAUCGAAAAUUUAUCGAGAAGCUUAUCUCGCCUAUAACAUACUGCGCUAACCAAGGUAACUAUUGAUAAUACUUUACCGCGUUUGGGAAAGGACUAAAAGUAUGCGUUUUCAUUACGUACGCAUAUAGGCUUCAUAUGUAUGUCAUUGAGAGACGAGACAAGGAAGAAAAAAAUGACGAAACGAGGAAGUUUUCAUCAUCUUUCUCGAUAUUUAUCUUUGCACACAUAUGCUAUCCUCGAUAGAUGUCGAUGAUAAUGGGUGUGUUGUUAUCGAUUACACGCAUACUCGAACGAAAUGCUCAACGACGACGACGACGACGAUUUACUGCGUAGCGUAUUGUACCCGUGUAUCCUAUGUACAGAAUUAAUAUAUUGACCAGAGACGAUCGAUGAUCGCCGUCCGUCCCUCCCGGUUGUUGAACGCGAUUCAUAUCCAUCAACAUGACGAAAUUUGCCUUCCGAUAGGCCAAUUUUUUCUUCCAACUUUUGAGAUCGAGAGAAACGCGAGAAUAUGAUAAAUAUGCAGACAGAUAAAAUCUAUUUUUUUUUUUUUUUUUUGGCAGAACCUAGAUUCAAAUAUGACUCUUGUCAAAAAGUAUGUAACAAGUGUAAUAGGUUUAAGAGCUUUCGACGAAAUUUAAAUUGGAGAUUUUCUUUUUCCUUUCCCUCUCUCUCGAAUCGAGCAAAGGGGAAAAACGUUCGUUACAUAUGUAUAUCUUGUCUGUUCCUCUUUCCUUUGGGAUUUAUCGAUAAACCAUCGCGCCGUCGUGUUGUAUGUACAAAGGGGGCACGGCUUAUCUGGAAUAUCCGUGGAAACAUUACACGGUUCUCCACCGUAACGAAGGAGAGAUAAAAAGAGGGGGAAUAGACGAUUUAUAAAGGCGCGAGACGCGAUUGCACAGCGAUCAUUCUUUACGCGGAAAGAAGCACGAGAGGGCGUAUACGAUUGAACUCGCGUUCAUCAGAUAAGUCCUCCUCUCGUUCCCUCUCCUUUCGAUGUGUAUGUUCGCGUGAGUGCGACAGAUAAGCAAACUAUUGCACAACGUUGCGUUUACCGCAACGACUGGUGGACAUCAAAAUAUUUGGAAGGUUUUCGAGUACUAGGAAGGAGAAAAAAAAAAAAUAGUGGACCGAGUCUGUGACAAGUCGACGGCCGAAGAAGUAAGAAAUAUAUUCCAAAGGAGUUCAGUGAAGUGUUACGAAGAAGUUACAAAUCGGGGAGGAUAGAAUCGGCUAUGAUCGACGUGGAAAAACUUACCGAUAUGAGCUGUCAAGGACUACAAUCUUUUUCGUUGAGCACGAUGGCGGAAAGCGCAAAGCCAACGUGGAACAUGGAGUCUCGAAAUUGCAAGUGUUCACGCGGAAGCAACAUAACCUGCGGCAUGCUCCCGACUCUACGUGUCCUGGCAUCUCGAGAAUGCAACGAUCAAGGCAGUAUCUGUAUGGUACCGCUCGACGUCAAAAUGGAUGCUGCUAGUCACCUCCAAAUGAUUUUACUCGAGGCUUACUGCCGUGAAAUUGGAAUAAGAGUAUCGAGAGUACCGCUACAUACGCUGCAAAACUUACUGGGUCCAGGACAUUCGGAUCUCUCUUGCGUUCUCAUUGACGAACCUUAUUCCACGGAUCCACCUGAAUGAGGAGAAAGGGCCCAGUCUCUCUUCAGAUACGAUAUUGAAAAUUGAACAUUGAAAAUACGUCAAAAGACGGGUAAAUACACACUUACGUGCGCUUGAAUCGGCGCGGGAGGAACAACCAUCGAGCUACGACGAUGUUUUUUUUUUUUCUUCUUCUUUUUGGGGAUUGAUUCUCGUGCCUUCGGAUUGGUCGAUUCUUCUACGCAGAAAACGCAUGACCUACAUCUUUACAGCGAAUCGCUUUCACGUUUACGUCAUCUUCUUACGUGACUUCGCUCUAUAAUGUAACGAACGUCUAUGGAUUAUCGAUAUGAUUAUAUUUUUUUCUAUUAUAUGGUACAAUUCAUAUUGAUUUGUACAAUCGAUUGUUAUAAAAGGAAAUAAAAAUAUGAUAAAGUUGUGAUUAGA